GUACAGGUGGUGGUGCAGUUUUAGUCCAUUGUCAAGCAUGUGACGACAUGAAGUAGUAAAGCAGGGUUUUGUGAAGAGACGUUCACUUUGAGAAAAGAAUUGAAUUAUCUAAAGACCGAAAAGCGUGUACCUGGCAACGGAAUUUGGGAAUAAUUGGAAAAAUCGAUCGAACAUGGCGGACGAUGUAAAUUACCUUGUCGUUAAUACACAAAGGAAAGUCCCACUAGCGUGGCGAACAAGGAUUUGUUUCGGUGUUGGGCAUGUUCUGAAUGAUUUAACUGCCUCUAUGUGGUUCACAUAUCUCUUGGUUUAUCUUCAUAAAGUGGUUAAAUUCUCAAACACUAACGCUGGAACUCUGUUACUCAUUGGACAAGUCGCUGAUGCAUGUUGCACCCCCCUUGUAGGCAUUGGCUCCGACCAUACAGGUCGCGUUAGAUACGGUCGACGAAAAAUUUGGCACCUUGCUGGAGUAGUGUUCGUGGUAGUAAGCUUUCCGUUUGUGUUUAAUCGCUGUUUAGGUUGUGAAAGCGCUGAUCAGUGGGCCAAGUUUGUUUAUUACGCAGCGUUCAUAGUGCUUUUUCAAUUCGGAUGGGCAGCGUCGCAGAUCUCUCAUCUGAGUUUAAUUCCUGAGCUGACGGAUGAUGAUAACGAAAAGUGUGGUCUAACUUCAAUCAGGUAAGUUUCAUUAAUACGCUUCUAAGCUUCCCCUCUGCACAAUGUCACAUAUUACAUGUCUAUGAGCCUUAUGACCUCAAAAGUGGCACAAGAGACAAUCACAAGGUCUGCAUGGACGGUUCCAUUCAGGGGUGCUUUUAAUAGACCCCUUUACAGUUGUGAGGGCAUGCUAGGUAAUCAGGACAAGGUGGUGGGGAAGUCGAAAGUUUGUAUGGGCGUUCAAUUAGUCAGCUAAUUCUUUCUUAUUGAAUAUAUUUGUGACUUUCUCUUUGCAAACUUUAACUAAUGAACUUAAAGAAACUAUGCACUAAAUGUGGAGAGCACAGCAGUCCUUUGUCGCUGUUCAGAAAAUUUGACUUCUUCAGGAGCCUAGGCUCCUGACUUCUUCUGUACAUUAUGUGUAAUUUUUGUCUUGUCGGAUUACAGAAAAUGUAAAAAGCAAGUAAGGACUGCUAUGUUUUCAGAUUUAGUGUGUAGUUUCUUUAUGUUCAUUAGUUACAUUUUUCAAAGGGAAAGUGACAAAAUAUAACUUGUCCUGAUUACCCAUCAUGCUGUUACAACCGCGAAGGUGUCUAUUAUGCCAAAAUUUCAGGAACUUUGGAUUGAAAACUAUAAAUGAAACGCUUCAGGUGGAAAUUUAUUAGAAAGAGUCGUCCACCUCCAGGGGUGGUCGUCUUGACUGCUGGUUGGUUUAGUCCAACGUAAAUUUACUGUUCUGUUUCCAAAAAUUCUUGUUUCCUGUUCCACUUGGCUGUAGCUUGUGACGCAGAUGUGAUUUAAUCGCGGUUAGUAAUGUCUGCGAAGCAAUGCCUAAAUCUUUCCUUGUUCUGGACUCAACAAAUUACCGGAAAUGCGUUUCAAAUUUCCUUUCAACCUGAUUGCAUGGAAAUCGACAAAAGCUUUCUAACAGGCCAUUCAGAUCGUGUACUCAAAUCCUAGUACAUUGGUGUACUUUCACGGGUCUGGUUUUCCAGGCUGGCAUGGCAUGAUAAAAAUUUCCAGCCUAGUGUAACAGCUGGGAUCCCCGGGGGGGGGACUCCCAUAUGAAAAAGACGGGGAUGCUCGUCGUCUCGCUUAGGGGUGUAAAUUUUGGAUUUUGGUCUCGCUUAGGGUGUUCCGGGCAAAGCGCCAAUAUUUUAAGCCGCCAAGGUCUCGUUUAGGGUUCCGCGAAGAAGAAACACAGAAUGACGCGAAGAGAAACAGAAGUCAACUUUUCUUUUUAACUUUGUUUGUUAUGUCUUUGUAUCAUUAAAACUCAUUGCAUGUCGUAUUUGUGUGUUUUUAACCAGUCUCUUUUAGGGGUCAAAAUUUGCUUAAGUCACGCCCAGAUUGGUCUCCUUUAGGGGUCACAAAAAGCUUGAGCCACGCCCAGAUGGUCUCCUUUAGGGGUUAAAUUCAAAAUUUCCGACGAGCAUCCCCGUCUGUUUCAUAUGGGAGUCCCCCCCCCGGGCUGGGAUCCUGGCAUUAUGAUUAUCCAAAUCCUGGCUAUCUGGGCUCGAGUGGUUGUGAUAACAAUGUCAAAGCCUCUGUAGCAGGCACAUACCUGCUAUUCAGUUGCCUGCGAGCAAGCUAUCCUUUUGGGGGAGUCAUGAGAAGUCACGUGAGUGCCGCACAUGAAAGGAGACAUGAGUCCUUGUGGCCUCACCACUCACUCUCCACAAUAAUAUUGGACAGCUUGUUCUCAGGCUAGCUAUAAUGCAGGCUAUGAUGAAGUUCAUUUCUUUUAAUUAACUUUCUGAGAUCGCAGCAAAUCACUCAUAUAUAAGCCCCACUCAUAUAUAAGCAGCCCCUAAAUUCCACAGUGACUAAUUUUAAGACAAACUUCUCUGAAUCCUUUAUAGUAUUUUAGACUAGCUGCUUCCAUGCCAAACUCUUUAGCAGAAUCCCAUAUAAACUUCAAGUCAUUUUUUUGCAGGUAUGCAGCCACUGGAUCUUGUAACAUCUUUGUAUUUGUUAUCACGUGGGUUUUUCUGGGGACAAGUGAAGCCAGCACCAGCUCAAACCAGCUAGGCUCUUCUGAUGCUUCCUCAUUUAUGGUAAAGAUAAAUGAUUAAUACUUGAACUGAAUGUAAAUGUUAACAUGUGGGCUACAAGUAGUAUCUCUUUUUUACAAGUACCAGCUGUUGAACAGGGCAGGCACAAGUUUAAUAAUAUCAUUUCACUAUUUGUGCAAGCACAAUUCAAUUUUUGCACCCCCCCCCCCCCCCCACCCCCAAUGUGCCAUGCUUAAUGGCAACUAUUUUAAAUGUUUUUUUGUAAUCUGACUGCCUCUUUUUUUUGACUUUAGAGUAUCUAACUCAUAGUUCUUUGCCUUAACUUUGUGAUGAAUUAACCCGGAGCCAUGAAGCUGUCAGAAACUCCCUGGCCUUUGAAAACACACCCAUUGUUGAUUUUAGAGCUAGAGAUAUUAUUUGGGUCAUUCUUCUAUGAUUUCAGUAGCUAAUUAAACAACUCGUUUUGAGCUCUUUGUGGUGCCCUGGACAACUUUCCUUUCCCAUAUGAAAUCAAACAGAAUGCAAAAUUGGCAGCAGAGCUGGGGGCGGGGUACUUAACUAUCAAAAAUGGCACUGCUGUGAAUCAUGCCUUUAAGGGAUUUAAACUACUGUGGAAUGCUAUUGCUUAGGUUCCCCGCCAUUGUGGUUUCUUCAAUCUGUCGAGACAAAAUUUGAUGAAAACUAGUUGAUUUUUUGCUCCCUUAAUUUUAUAGACUCAGGUUAAAAUGACUUUGAGCCACACACGUAAUAUAACUAGUUUCUGGUAUGCUUGAGUGUUUUUUUUUGGAAGUUUCCAACAAGCAUGCUGCCUCGCCUUUUUAUAGGAGAGCACACCCCCCCCCCGGCGUUUCGUUGGGAGCGCUAAGGGGCGGACAGCUCAGCUAAAGCCUCUUGUCUGCGGAUAAUUUUUCCUAAGGGUUUUCUCACAGCCUUGUGAGGCAAAAUAAUAAAAUUAGUAAUCUCUUACCCUCGAGUGGGUGCCCUUGUCAUAUAAAAUCCUUCAGUUACUCACCCCUGAAUUUUUUAUUCCUUAUUUUCAGUACGUGGUAUUCAUUGUAAUUGGCACUGGCAUUAUCUUUUCGAUUAUUUUCCACGUGGGAGUAAAAGAACACCCACGUGACUGUAGCGUUGAAUUUGUCACCAGUUCCUGCAAGAGAUCAGCUGCUAAUUGGAAAGCCUGGUUCCGAGAGCCGAGGUUUUAUCAGGUGCUGAUUUACUUAGUUAUUUUUAUUUAUGUACUCAGCUCGGUGCCUAGUCUGCCAAACAGCUGUUUUUGUCUGGUCACGGAGAGGAGCGUAGCGUGACGAGACAAACGCGGCUGCGAGGGAGACUACUCUGUGCCGAUGUUACUAAAAGUUAAAAACGGGCAACAGGGAGAGGGGAGCGGAAAGUUGAAAAAUGCGAACAAAUGAGAGAAUUGGAAAUGAAGUAACUGAUAGGGCGAGGAUCCAAGUUAGGUUUUGUUCCCAUUUUUCAUUUUCCACUUCCCCGUUCCUCGUGCUCCAUUAUGGUAACAUCCCUCGGUAAGAUAUUUCAGGUAGAUUGGGGCAAAGAAGUGAGAGUGUUGUCAAAAGAAAACUUUUGUCGCAAUAGUUUGCUGGUACUUAAAUCUACACCUCGUGGACAUGGGUUGGUGGAUUUUCGGCCGUUUCGGCUGAAAAUUUGACCCCGAUUUUGGCGGUCAAAUGUUUGAACGGUUUAUAGUCGUCAGAAUUUUCCUAUAGUCAUCAUGGUUCCGUUUAAACCGAACACCUGCCUACUAAAUGUUCAACCGGUCGCAAGUUCGUUCCGUCCCGUGCAAAACCCGGAGGUCUACUUAUUCUUCUUACGAUACGAAAGCCGAACCUGAUUAUCGUCUCAUUAUUUAUUCAAAAUAUUUCCAAGCUCAGAACGAAAGACAUACUUCCCUUAAAACAUUUGCCCACCCCCGGCCGUCAAGGAAGGGAUGUUGAUUAUAGCUGAUAUUCUUCAUUUAGCAAUUUUCGUCCGUCGCACGUUUUUUUUGUAUAUUUUCGCCAUCUUUUUAGUCAGUAGUUCGGCUAUUUCAUCUAUAACGUGGCAAUCUUCCGUCUUUUUGGUUCAGCUCUGUUGUUCCUAAACAGCUGAGCCAGCGAGCUGCCUCAGUUUGCGUGAGCUGUUUGCGUGUACCAAGGAAGGGAUGUUAAUUAUAGCUGAUAUUCUUUUUAACAGUUUUCGUCCGUCGAAGGUUUUUUCUUUUUUUGUAUAUUCUCGCCAUCUUUUUAGUCAGUAGUUCGGCUAUUUCAUCUGGCAUAUAACGUGGAAAUCUUCUGCCGUUUUCUUCAGCUCUGCUGUUCCUAAACAGCUGAGCCAGCGAGCUGCCUCUUUGGGUAAGCUGUUUGCGUAUCCUUUUCAGCUGAUAACCAUUACCUUUGACGUCAUCUUCCAAAUUUGGUCAACGCUACCUGGUUUUGAAGAAUUAUUCAGGGAAUUGAAGCCAUUCCGAAAAAGAGUUAUAUUUUGACUGACUAAUACAUGUACAUUUAUUGAGUGCACUUAAUACUCUUCUUUGUUUAUAGAUAGGAAUGCUGUACAUGAGUGUCCGUUUGAUCAUCAAUGUCACACAGGUUUACAUUCCGAUGUACACUCUAGAGACACUAAACCUCUCCAAGGUACGUGCAUCUAAAUAUGCUGUUAGACGUUAAACUUUCCGUUUUGUAUGUGUUUAGGAGUGAUCUUGAAAGAAGAAAUCCUCACCUUCUAAGACAGAAAACAGGGUAUUCUCAGGGGGAAAUGAGGAAGACGUCAUCCAUUAGACUACGAGUAGUCCCCAUUUUUCCUCUACAGGGAUAGUAGAGCGAGCGAAGCGCGAGCGCGCGUGAAAAUCACUCCACUCGAGUACGGCGUGACGCGGCGUCUCGCCUUUCUCGCGUGGGGUGAUUUUCACGCGCGCUCGCGUUUCGCUUGCUCUAAUGUCCCUGAGGAAAAAUGGGGACUACUCGUAGUCUAGUCAUCCAUAUAAGAGGAAGGAAACCUGACUUGAACAGGGUGGGGACUUGUAGGGUUUGUUAUGAUUGUGUAAUGCAUUGUAGGAAUAUUGUGCUCUUGAUUGUCGAAAGUAACUUAUUGAUUCCUGUGGGUAAAAUUUUGCAUAGCUACGCCUUUGUGGUGGCUGAAAAUUCGCGCAAAUUUGGCACGGCCUAUCAUGAAUUGUCUAGCGUCUUUUCCGCGUAUGUUGCAGUCUGCCUUUAUUUGUUGUUGUUGUUGUCGUUUGUUUUUUCCUGCACUUUAUUAAACUUCCGCGCUUAAAAUUACAAAUACAUAACAGAAGUAGUAAAAGUUCCUAAAUGAUUGUUACGAGUGCGAUUAAAACACAAACGCAAAUCUGGGAAGAAUUUAAUGCAAUUGUGCCCUUUUAUGUUUUGUUUUAGAUCAUUCUAGCUUCAUGGACUAACUUUUGUUUGUUUGUUUUUCUUAGCAAACUAUCGCCAUAAUGCCUCUUGUGGUCUACGUAAGUGGACUGUUGUCUACGUUUUUCACAAAGCCACUGAACUUGUAUCUGGGCAGAAAGGUUCGUUGCUUUAAGAGCCUUCCCUUUCAGCGUCCUCGGAUCCCGAGAGCGUGCUUCCCUUAAUGGCCUAAAAGGGAAGGCCACGCCUGUAAAGGAUACCUUUUCCAGGCGUCAAGUAUAUGAAAGGGUUGGAAUUUCUCUAGUUAAAGUACGUGAAAGGGUUGGGAAAAUUGUAAGCAAGUCACAACUCCUUUCGCGGGACAAAAAACCCGCGUUUAAGGUUAUUUCCUUGUUCUGUACUGCGCAUCACCUAGUGCGCAAAUCAUUGCGACUUCAUAGGUGGCGUUCAUUCUCGACCCUAGUACUCCCCCUUCUGACUCACAACUCUGGUAUCGAGACUGAGGUGGUGUUGAUUUUCACCGGUCGCCUAAAAAGAUGUAAUUAUGGCCCCAUUUGUAGUCCAAAUGCUUUUAAUAGCGAUUUUGAUAAUUCUACCUGGCUUAAAAGGUGUUUGUCUUGAAACUCGCCCAAGUCCUCUCGCGCAAAAUGAUCAUUUGAAGCCGAAAUUAUACCUUCGUUGUUGGUUUGCUGUGAAACGAGAACGGUGACUUCCCUUUUUUAAUUGUAUUUUUUACUCGUUAUGGCCACACAAAAUAUAUAUUAGAGAGAAAAAAUCAGGACACAAGAAGUUGUAUUUUUUUAGUUGUGAGUGACGCGAAUUUCCGCAUUUAGAUCGGCAUUUAGAGCCACAGAGAAUUAUGAAAUAAUGAUGUCCAUUUCUCUACAGGUUUUUUUCAAGAUCUGGUAAUUUGAGUUCUCUUAACUGAAAAAAAUAUAGCCCAGACCAACAAAUGUGCUUAAGGUUUUAGUAAGGUUCAUAGUGUUUGCUAUAAAAUAAGAAUUUUUGACGGUUGUUUAAGUUUCGAACACUUCGCGCGCAGCUAGGAAAAAACACUCAGAAUUACAGGCACACAGGGCGAAAACAAGUCGGUGACGCCAUCUUUUUAUUGCAGUUUUUGAAUGUCCUAUACAUGGCUGACUUUUGUGCCAAGUUUGAAAAAAAUCUGUAUGGUACAUCAUUUUCAAGGGAAUUACUUUAAACGCACCUGAACCCCGCGAAUUCAACCGUAGUAAUGCACCCGAAACAAAUUUACAGAGCUGCCUGUUGUGGGCGGAAGACCUUGGCUCUACAUAACAACUGGAUAAUCCCUCCAUUUUGUCACUUUGCAGGUUGUUUUUUUUGUAGGCCUGUUGAUCAUAAUGGGAACCAGGUAAGCCGGACGAUAUGUACCAUAGGUAUAGCCUCGGUUCAUUUCGCAGUCCGCGAUAAUGGGCGCUUUUUCUUCGAUCGCCCUAACCAAAGGGAACCUGAUCGCGGGGUAAUCAGUAUGUAUGCAGUGGAUUUUCGCUAGUUAUUUGAUAAGGGAUUUUUGUUUUCGAUUUUUAAAAGUAGUUCUCUCAGUUAUGGCAAGUGUUAGAACUAUGUUUUCAUGCCUUGUAACUGAGGGGCUGGUUUUGACAAGCACGUUUAAGAUGGGCCGGAGGCGGGGGGUGGGGGGGUCGGGUAGGGGGAGAGGAGGGCAAAAUAGUUAAGAAGGAGCUUACUCAAUUUAGCGGAACGCAGUGGUUGUAGGAACGUACCGUGCUUUGAUCAGCCAAAGUCUUAAUCUUUGAUCAUUAAUUUGUGAUGAAAAGUAUUCUUUAAGUAACUUAGACUACAGUGGAGGUCGGGGAAGGAAAUUUAGGGGAUGCUUAAAAGGAUGGGGUUAUUUUGAACAACUGUCUUCCCAUAGAAAAGGGGGGCUUCAUUGAGAGGGGCGGGGCUUAACCGAGGAUUUUCGUUAAAUGGUGUCAUUGUGACACCAUCUUCAAAGUUACAAACUUCCUUGACUGACAUUGGCGAAAUUUUGAAUCAGAGAGGUCGAUUUUGGUGUCUUGCUUGUACUUUUUCUUUCAUUUCACUGUAAUUACAUGUACACGAUGUGCUCUAUAUGAGAGUAUGUAGAGAUUGCGGUGCACUCUUAAUAUUAGCGGUUGAUGAUCCCAAUUGAUUCUGGGGGUGAUCCGGAAUUUAUUUCCGUGUUAUCUGUUUAUCCAGUGUUUGGCUGUGGCUGAUACCCCAGCAUAGCUCACAAAUGUAUGGCGCCAGUGCCGCCCUGGGAUUUGGCGGAUCAAUGCUAUUGGUUACUGUGUUGACAAUGCUAGCUGAUCUUAUUGGACAGAACGUGGUAAGAAAGCUUUCACUAAGAACUCGGGGUGAGCCAUGGAAGGGGGCGCUGUUUCGCUGCGAAGAAUAUCAUUUCGAAAUGAUAUCAUUGUGGUAUAAAAGUUAAAGAGCUUUUGGGAUAGAAAAAGUCUUAGUAUCAAUCACUGCAAAGAAAGUUGUGCUAGCAUGUGUAAGGAUACCAAAAGAGAUAAAUCCUUUUCGUUACAAGUCCUACCUAUAGAAGCCUGUCUCAUGCCGAAUGUAUCGAUAAUUUUCGCGCCCCUGUGCUGUCUUUUGAAUUUAAAUCUAUAGCACAGUAGCGCGUGUCUUAGCUGACAAACAAGUUCACUUUGCUUCCUUUAAUUUUUUUUUUUUUUCAGCUGAGUUAAUAGGGUUAAUUUUCCACCUUAAAGGGAUUGAAAGGCUGACGUUUCGAGCGCCACAACUUCUGCAAAGCUCCUGCGAAGGACACACAGAGUGCUCGAACAUGGCGUCAGCUUUUCAGUCCUUUAACGGUGAUAAUUACAUUGACUUUGUCAACUAAGUUGAAAACAUCAAUUUUUUUUUCCUCCCUAGCCGGUAUAGGACCGGAGUUUCUAGUGAUUUUAGUUCCCUCUUCUGUAACGUUGCGUGACGACACAAAGAACGGCUGCUGCAUAGGAGACUAGUUCCCCUUCAGUCACUUUGUCGCGUUGGCUUAGAGCUUUAUAGCUUUUAUACAUUUAAAUCCUUAACUUAAAUUAAUACCUCCAUCUUGAAUGCAAACUCAUAAAACAUAAAACAGCUUUCCGCCCAAAUGAAUACCGGAACAUCAAUCGCGAACUGAGAGGGGCCACAGAUUCCUCUGUGAGCGACUUUUGUGUGUUUGUUUGCUGUCUUGUAGGGAUCACGUGAAACGAAAUAUUCAAAUCAAACGUGCAAUUGUGAACCUGAUACUGAUUUCAAUCUAGUCUGUGUAGCCUAUGAGCAGGCUUACUUGCACGUGCGAGUUUCGAGGCAUUUUCCCCAAAACGCACAAUUGAGCCAGCUCGCAGGCUGUAGCCCGCGUGAUAGGCCUUCGAAUAGCGCGUGCCCAGGAACUUGUAGGGCGUGGACUUCGCGUUCUUCGCGUUUUCUACUCAAGGGAUUUGAUACAGAUGAUUUAUGAGCUAGGUUCGCAGACACUCUACACCGGCCAGAAUAUAGGUUUUAGUGAUGCGUGGGCAGGCUGCAACGUUGGUUAAGUGAAUUCUGGAAUCUUUUCGGUGACCGGGAGUUAACAACUCUUCUGCUCUAUUUAACUCCCCUCCGUUAAAAAAACGUUAUAAACACUCCUGGGAACGCCUACAAUUGUAGCCUGCUUAGCAAGCGUUUCCGCUUCCGUUUCCGUGCGGUUUCUGAGCAAAGAAUGAGGAACGUUUGUCAAAGCCCCACUUUUCGGGCAGCCAAACCCGAAAAUCCCAUUCCUCGUUAUUCUUCGGUCUUUCUUUGCUCCGAAACCACACGAAAACGCUUGCUACGCAGGCUACGGAAUGCCCCCAUCACUGUAUACGUGUAUUGUGUAUAAGAGAACCAAAUAUAGGAUCCUGCUGAUCAUCUAAUGAACCGAUCAAAUGUACUGCUUUCAUAUCAGGAAACUGGGGCCUUUGUCUAUGGAGCCAUGAGUUUUAUGGACAAGAUGUCAAACGGAAUUGUUAUACAAGUCAUUCAAGUGUUUUGUCCAAAGAACAGCUACCCAAAGUAAGACAAACAAACGUUUUAAAUGCCUUCCAUUCGCACAUAAAUGAUAUAGGGUUCAGAGCAUGUUUCACAGAACUUCCAUUUGGUUUAGGUAUGAGUUCUUUAGUACGUUCCCUUGCCUUCCUCGCGCGUACUUGCAAUCGUCUUCAAAACGAACAAAUUCCUCUUUCCCUUGUUUUUGUUCAGUUAUAGAUCACGGACUGUGAUGAAAGAGAACAGUGAACGCAGGUUAUCCGCUUACUGGCUUUUUCAAAUUUUGUUGACCUGUGCCUGUUGAACCCAUGCUAAUAAAGGCUUUGCCGCAUCCUUUCCUGGGCCCGGUUGCAUAAAACGAACGUAACAACUACGGGUAUACGUACGUGCAAAUCACUUAAGUGGUCCACUUAGGGAAUUCACUUAAGUGGUUGCACUUACGAUUUUCGUAAGUGUUCACUUAAGUGUCGUUUAUGCAACCGAAAUUGCGGGUGUUGCAUAAAACUUUUUUACGGCAAAAAUAGCACGUAAAUUUACGAGACCUAUGUAGGUCCCUUAUCUUUACUGUUUUUACUAAACUUAACGAGAUCUUUUACUGAGAAGUGAAAAAAGUAUUUUUCUUCACGUUAUUCGUUUUAAUGCGCUUUGUUAACCUCUGAUGUACACUUUAAAGCCGACGUGGUGAAAAAAGAAGAAGAACUAUCAUUUUCAGUAGAAAUUGAUGAAAAAUAACGUCUGCAUGCAAAUUUCAUUUUUUUGAGAGGCUUGAAAGUGUUCGAAACAACUUAAAACUUUCUUUACACUCACCGAUGGUUAGCUUAAAAAAAAGAGUGAGUCAUUAAUGAAGUACUAUAUCAAAGUUACGUGUGCCUGUAAGUGAGCCCGUAAGUUACCACGUAAAACAGAAACUUACGAGAGUGCUAAGUGCGUUCCAUGCAGCACACGUAAGUGUACCCAUAACCGGCCUGACUAGUUUUAUGCAACUGGGCCCUGGCGCGCACUUCUCGACCUGGUCGCACCAAGUUUCAUAAACAAUAAAUAGGCUUUUACAAAGAACUGAAAGGUAUUCUUUUAUUUAAUAGGGACAACGCUGGAGGUCUUUAUUACAGAGAGGUUAUGGUUUUCGCAUCGGGAGUCGCAGCAGUUCUUGCUCUUUUAACCUUGGUCACAUUGUUAAAGAGAGACGUAGGCGAGGAUUGCGAAGGUGUGUUACCAGUUACGUUAUCUUGCAAGUGGUUGUUAGCGAUGCCUCUUUUGAAAACGGAGCCAUUCAGUUUUACCGCUGUUUUACCGUUAGGAGAAGCCUAAUGCUUUCCAAAUGUAAAUUUGGCGUUUUAGCUUGAGAGCCAGACUAUAUGAUAGUUAUAUGUACUAAACUAUAAAAACAGUUUUUACCCUCAGUGGCGUCGAAAAAUGGCAGAGAUUUAAUUCUGCGAUAUUUUAGUUUUAGAAAUCUUUUUUCACUACAACGUUAACUUCCUUUAAGCAAACACCCAAAAUGCCACUCAAACUUGGUGAUCGCUUGCUGGGCAGAUCCAGAGAGGUCAAACAGAGGGACCCGAGGCUUAAAGUGGGUCAACUUUAUAGAUACUAUUCAUUGAUUGAAGAAAUCUUAGAGCAUUUGUGUCCAGAAAUUAAUGAUCCGGCAGACAGAAUUCAAAAGAGUUCAAACCCUUCGGCUCCCCUCUAAAUUCGCCCUUGACCAGCGGGAGAUGGCCGCUUACGAGAGAUUCAAACUACUUAUUAUGAGGCUUUGACUCGAAAAUUUGAUCUUGAUAUUUGGAUGGAGGUUUGCUUGCGAUAGUCUGCGAAAACGGACGUUUCUCCUCGGUCAUCGCCGCUGAGGAACGUCCUAAGCGGCGAGGAAAAAUGGCCGUUUUCGCUGGGUACGCUUACGAUAGGUGGUGCUUAUCUCUAUCCCUUUUCUUCCUUAGAAAAACAGGGAGAAACAGAAAGUCGAUUGCUUACAUCUGGCUCAUGGUCCUUGGUGUGCUCUAGAGGGCCCUGUAUUCCGUGCGAGUCCUCAGGUCACUUCCCCGGGCGAGAGGCAAUGACUCCAGAAUCAAUACCUUUGUAUGGUGCGACAGACCCAAUUUAAAAGAACAACUAAGCAGCAACACGAUCAACGCUAAACGGAUACCUUGUAAUGUUAUUUUUUUGUGUUCAUACUGGAAUUACUAAUUACCUGAUUACCUUUAAUAAUUCCAUUCAGUUUCAAAACAACGAAAAUACAUGUAACUUAAAUACAAGAUCACCUUAAAAAGGACAUAGUUGUAAUGACCAACACUUUCUCCGUAAAAUACAUUUAAGCAGAGUUAUGGAACAGUUCGGCAAGAAAAUUUUAAAAACAAAAAAAUCGUUUUAAUUUGUUAAAUUAUAAGUAACUUAUAUAAUUAUAAGUAAUUAUGUCAAGUCUUUGGUGCAACAUAGUUGUAAAUAUUUUAAAGUAUAUAUUAGAUUUCACUGAAGCUCUUCUUGUCUGGAAGAAAACACGAAGAGCUUGUUCAUGUAAAUAGAGAAAAAGAAAUUACCUUGUCAACAAGAAAUAGCCCAGGUCUUUCUGGAACUAUAGGGGACACAUCACGUAGGGUGGCUAUAAGAAACUUGAACAUUAGGCCUUCGUUGCAUGGGCUAGGCGAGAGAAGAUGUGACUCUCUUGGUAUCGGCUGUUAUUUUCUCCCGGUGCUUUGCAAAAAGGUGUGCGGUUGACUAAUCUUGCACGAAUAUGGAUCCAAGUAGCCUGAGAAAACAACCGACAUCUCGCCACGCCACCGGUGAUUUUCCCGCGAUAUGUCGUCUGAGAAACGAGCGCAGAGGUUCAAUACUAAGAUCGUAUCACUACUCAGAUGUGGUUAGUGCUUCUGAUUGGAUGAAGCAAAUUUGCAACCAAUCAGUCAUUAGUAUUGAAUUUCUGCAGUCCUUCUUCAGAAGUCAUUUCAAGGGGGAAAUCACCGGUGAUGUUGCGAAAUGUCGAAUGUUUUCUAAGGCUACAAUCAUGGACAAAGUUCUUGGGACACUUGCAUUUCUGGCGCGUUUUCCAAUUCACACAUGCCAAACCCCUCCCCUCACCCCACAAACAACGUUUUACGCGAGUAUCCACAAUUUUUCCAAGUUUCAACUUUGUUUAGUAAGAAAGAACUGCUAGAAUAUUCCGAAAAAUAUGCACUUUUGUAUGAGGGAACCCAGAAAAUGCCGAAAAAUAUGAAUACUGUAUUACUGUCCCAAGGACUUUUGUCUAUGAUUUUAGGAUCGAAGACGAUUGUGAUCAGUAAAAAAGACAGUAUUUACAUGAAUGAGCAACUCUCAGAAAUAAAAGGCUAACAGAAUAGUUCAUCUGGGUACCAGUAGACUUAAUUAUUAGAUUCACAAGAUUAAAUUAAAAAGCUUACGAAACAACAUGUUAAGACGUCACUGAAAGGACAGUUCAUCUCAAUGGCAGGCACCAGUGGACAAAAUAAGGUUCACAAGAUUAAAUUAAAAGGCUGAUAGAAAAACAUAAAACAUAUAAAAGACGUUACUACUGGAUAUUUUAUCUGACCACCAGUGGACUUAACGAGGUUCAAAGGAUUAAAUUUGCUUUUUUAAUGCAAUGAGUGAAGUUUCUGAGAAUAUGACGUCGUUAGACUGAAGCAGUCUCUCUUUCUUUUAGUCCGUCGAGUGAAACGUGCGAGAGACGAAAAUGACCACGGGGCCUCGUGACUGAGGGCUCAAGGGGUGAGAGGCAAGAGCUUUAAUUUGCCGCUCGUCAUCGACGCUCGCGCGCGUGUGCACUCCCAUCGCUAGGUCUGAAGAAGAGGAGAGACUGUUCGCAGUCUAUGACGUUGUCGUCGGAGGUAUACUAGCUUAGCUAUAGCUCGGCCAUAAAUGUGACAGAAUCCUAACAGAAAAUGAAGUAAAAAGAGAAGAUAGCUAGAAAGUGAACUACUUCUUAGUCCUAUGAAAAUCUCUUUAUUAACUCCAGUAGUUUAAGGCCCGGGACUAAGGGAUUUACCGGUGGAGAAUGAAUUAAUGAUUAUAACUUUGGCAUAGAUGAUGGCGCUGAAUCAAAAUUUGGCACACAAAAAACUCAUCGUGCUUAAUAUUUUAAAGUAUAAACGUGUUAACAAGUCACGGGAAAUGUUGCGUGACUAUUUAGCUAAAAAUCGUAGAUUAUUGACCAAUUGGUGGCCGGUUUAAGAAAAGAAAUCCAGCAAUAACAUUUUUCUAAUUUGUAUUGAAAUUAAUAUUUUUAAGACUUCACGUUUGGAAAAGUCUUAGAAUGACCGUCCAUUGCACUUCAGUAAAAAAAGACUAUGAGUAAAAACAUUAUUUUCAAUGCCCAAAUUUAAUCUUGAAUCAAUUAAAACUUAAAAACUCUAGGUAUGUCUAUCCUCUUUUAGAAAUGUAAAUUCGCGACCAAUUCGCCAAUUUCAUUUUCAACUUUUGGUGUCACGUGACCAUAUUUAAGAAAACCUCAAGAUUACUUUUAGGGAAAAAUUCAUUUUAUUCUAGGUCUCAUAGCGACAGAUAUUGCCAAUGAGUCUUAUGCUCAGAACACACCUUUGAGAAGACAGUUCCUCGAGCUCUAUCUUCUGUAGAGGAAAAAUUAGAAGUAAGAAAGAAUUACCCUUCCCAUUGUCUCCAGUUCGCUCUCUUUGCAUAUUCUGAACGCAUAAAAUCAUUAUUUCAAAGUCUUUAAAGUUGACCAGAAAGAUUCCAAUGAAAAUCUUGUUCCACUACCUCGGUCACCUCCUUAAAGUUUUCCCUCAAAAUUUUCCCAUCGAAAAGAAGCCUAAUAAUUGCCUUUCUAGCUAAUGGGGAAAAAACGGAGAACGUGGCAAGAAAUUCGGGAGGUUGUUGGUCGAAUGUUUGCUUUCUGCGCAUACCCAAACUUCAAAAACUUUUAGCAUCAGGGACCGCACUCUCGUUCCCAGAGUCCAGCAAAUAGGUUCCUUUACCUAAGAUUUGCUAGCUUGUUCCAGACUCCAAGAGAUUGUUAAAACUGGUGCGAGAAGCACGCGGGGGUCUGGGGAGAGAGAAGGCGUCGCCGCCCGCCCCCGGCUUUCACCUUAGCUUUCACCACUCAGCGUCAGUGACCUUGUUUUCGUGUUGUCUUUUCGCGACUUCCCUGCUAUCUGAGAGCAUGGCUUUAGAUUUUCAGACAAAUGGUUACGUGACAUAUUACUUAAUUAACUACCGCGCCGUACGGCUCCAGGUACCAGAUUUUGAUUCAUUCCGGAUUAGCCUCCAACGGAGAUGUUAAGUUUUUAGGGCUUUGUCACGCGUUCCUUCCCAAUGAGGCGGAUUACGUGACCAGCCACAAGAACGCCAGCGUGGGAGCCAAGGGCCGGAUACGCAGACAGAUGAAAAUCAAAUCAAAUGUUUCAGGGGACGGCGCUUUUCUCCAGCAAUUACGAUAGUUCACUCUUGUCUCCUUUUCUCAAAGGUUUGACAUUUUAUGCCUCUUCAAUUUCGUACUCGGCUUGACUGGAUUCAUUUACUUUUUUUAUCUUUUUUUUUCUUCACUUUUUACAUACGUUUCUCUUACAUUAUGCAAAGGAAGUUAAAUCCCUUUUUCGCAGGUGAACACGUUCUCUUGCAAUAUAAAAAGGAAAAAAUCUUUUCUCUCCUUUUUUGCAGGUGAACAUGUAUUCGUCUUGCAUUUUGAAAAGAAAACAAAGUUUCAUUCCUUUUUUGCACUCAUGCAUGUAUUUAUUUAAUGUUCUCUUAAAAACAGAUAUUAAUCGCAUCCAAUUUUGGUGUAACUGAUCGAGGUCGUACGAUCAGGCUGUUAUCACGAGUUCACUAUGUGAGCUCCAACGCGGUUUCCGAACAAAAAGAUUCAGUUCUGGGGUGCUGGUCAUGUGAGCCGAAGUGACGCAAGCCGUAAUUUAGACGGGGACAUUGUUUUGAAUAACUUUUAGCGUGCGGUAACUCCAUCUGCACAAUAAAUAACUAUAGGCCUAUAAAAAGAAGGAUUAUUGUUUUGUUUUUUAUCUUGUUCAGCUGCAUGAAAAAACAUGUUCGAUGCGUGCGUUGAAAACUCGAUGGUCAUACCCAACAUACCCGGGGUGCAAUGAAUAUUAUAAAUCCCAGAAGAUGGGGAUGUGAGAUUGGUACAAAUAAGAAAAAAAGGGGAAAAUAGCUACUUGCCCAAGUAAAUGGAAUCAGAGUGAAACUUUUAAAGUUACAGUUUUUGCAAAAAGCACAAGCUGAUUUUUGCUUGAAUGGAUACUGACAAACAGGCUCCCCAACAUAGCCCGGUGGGGAGCCUUUGUUCAUCAUAUGACUCACAUUCACGUGAUCUCGGUGCGAAAUUAUAAAAAUUCAUUUGAUUGAGGAGUUCAGUAGUUGUGAUUAACCAGUUGUACGAAGGAAAUGGAGUUUUAAAAUUAGCGAAAUGAGGGUAGUUGAGUUAAUAUAAUACAAGAACAUUUUACUUCUUGGCGAUCGUUAAAUACAGGUGAGAUAGUCCACACACUUGAUCUUAAGUUUUAUAAUUUCCGUGACACGUACAGAUCUAGAAUUUCUUAUGUAAGCCUUAAUGCGGUGUUUUCAUUUAUUUUUAAAAGGUCUUUAACUCGUCUUACCUUUUUUUGACAUAGACUUCAGUAACAAUGGCCCGUUGUAUCGAAGGAAAACCAAAAAUGACAUGGAGAACAAGAAUUUGUUACGGGGUUGGCCAUAUUCUAAAUGACUUGUGUGCCUCAAUGUGGUUUACCUACUUGUUAGUCUACCUUCACAAGGUCGUAGAAUUCUCAAACGUGGCUGCAGGGACUUUGCUGUUGAUUGGACAAAUCGCCGAUGCCCUCGCCACGCCUUUCGUUGGAAUAGAAUCCGAUAAAACUGGGGACUGCAGAUAUGGCCGAAGAAAAAUCUGGCACCUUGUUGGAGUUUCGUGUGUAGCGUGUUCAUUUCCGUUCGUUUUCAAUCUGUGCAUUGGUUGCGAGAACUCAUCGACCUGGGCGCUAUUUAUUUACUAUGUUCCAUUUAUUGUGAUUUUCCAGUUUGGCUGGGCAUCUACGCAAAUUUCUCAUUUAAGCUUGAUUCCAGAACUUACUGAUAAAGAAAGUGAGAAAGUCAACCUAAAUGCUAUUAGGUAAUAGUUUACUUGACUAAACCAUGUUUACUCGUCAAAUAUUUCCUUGUAACUUUAUAGUUGAUUACUUAAAUGUGGCUGAAAAUUCCCGCUAAAUCGGCUUAUUUUUCCGCGAAUUUGUCCUUUGAAUCCCUCGAAAUUUGACUUUUUUCCCCUCGACUUAACAGAAGCCCUGUCUUGCAUUCCCAGACAGCUGUUAUUGCCGCCAAUUCUACCCCCUCCCCAGCCCUCUUGGUGGAGCAAUGCUCAUAGUCACUGGUUAUGGGUGUCCUACAGUAAACCUUAUUUUGGCCCCAGUCUUGAGUCAGUCCUGAGCUUUGCGAGGUCCUGCAAUACACUUAUCUCUAGUUAGCUUUGAGCACUGGGUAUGCCGCUGAAGCCCCUAAACCCUGACCUUAUUUAAGACCAAAACCAUUCAAUUCAUGACCCUACGUAGUGCAAUUAUGUACCCUUUUCAGUGUCACAUCCCUGUUUAUAUGCGAAUUAAGAGUGUUCCUCUUCUCCUUCCCAAGAGUAUAACACACCAAAAGUGAGAUGAAGAUCAUAUCUGAUUGGCAGUAGUGUUGAAGAAGUCCUUAGGCACGAAUUCUGAAUAUCCUGAAAGGUCUAGAUAACAGCAGCAAUAUAGAUAGCCGCAUAAACAUAACAACUUUCUUUAAUUUACCAGACAUGUUUUGACGAUACAUCGGUCAUCUUCAGUGUUGCAUAUUGUGAAAUCGCCAUUGAAUUUCAAUCGCGUACAAUGUUGUCCCGAAAGGUUUUAAUUUGGUUUUGUAAAGUAGAAUUUUAGGUUUAAUAAUUUCAAACCCUGAGGCCUAGUCAUUACAUAAUACUCAAAGUAUUUAAUAUGCAAGAAUACCCCUACCCUGGAUUACCUAGCAACUGGUCCAAUGUUCCCCCCAAAUUCCAUAUUUUGUUUGUUCUGAUGAAACAUUGAAGCUGGUCUUUAAAUCCAUUUGUGUCUCCUAAACAAAUGUUAAACCCAAUUAAAGGGGAGUAUUUAAGAUCGAGUAGUGAUGUAAAUUACAUUGUUCAUUCAUUCCUUUUUUUGUUUAUCUGCUUUAGAAACUAGUCUUAUAGUAUAGUAAAGUUAUAUAUUAUAGGAAAUUGAGUAAUUUUAAUUUUCAGUGGACAAAAGCCUUGUACCAGAAUUCAUAAUUUCAAGCAUAUUGCAUUCUUUUUUACUUUUUUUGAGGGCUAUAAAUGUAAUAAUUAUAUGAAAUAACUCCAAAAAAAAAUUUCUUAUACACUGUAAGAGCUCAAAAAAACAAACUUCAAAAGCUUCAAAUUUCACAAGAUGAAAUUUUCAUGCAUGACAAUUUUAACUGUGUUUUCUCAAUUCUUUUGAAAUUUGACAUUUAUUUUUGUGGGCUCCCUUAAGAAAUUGUCUUGGAUCUUAUUACAGAUAACUAAUAAAUUAUUACUUUUAUUAAGCCCUUGAAAAGUAUAAAAAAGAAUGCUUUAUUAUUUAAAAUAUUCUGGAACAAGAUUUUUGUCCACUGAAAAUUAAUUUUACUCAAUUUCUUGAUGGAUUCUGUCUUUAUGUCCUUUUUUGUCUCUCACAGAUAUGCUUGCACGGUUUCGUCCAACAUUUAUGUUUUCUUGGUGACCUGGGUUCUUAUUUCCACUGAAGGUGGAGGCUCAUCAAAACUUGAUCCUUCUGAUUCAACAACAUUUAUGGUUUGUUGAUUUAGCUUUUACAAGUACUUUUAGUGAGUCAUAUAUGUACAGCACUUGCCAAAAGUAAUUAUUUACUUAUUAAGCUGAAGGUUUAAGUGUAUAUGGUUUUUUAAGUGAUGAGGCCUUAGUUGAAGUAAAAUGAGUGAACUCUUAGACCUGUAUUGAUUCAUGGACUCUUUUUGAGGUGUGGGUGUAAAAAUUUUCUCAUUAUUCUCAUUAUUAUUAUUAUUAUUAUUAUUAUUUAAUAAAUAUUAUUAUUAUUAUUUAUUUUCAAUUUUUUAUUUUUAUUUUGUUUCGCAAAAGCAUGUUAGAUUGUUUUAAUCAAGGUCUGAAUUCUCCCAUCUGUGUUAUCCCAACAAAGAUAAAAGAAAAGACAGCCACCACAAAAUUUUGUUACACUUGCCUAUACUGUCGUCCUGAUAGAUCUGUCUGUUUCAUAGGAGGUACAUGUACAUAAAAGAGAUUUUAUCAUUCAGGAAGUACAUGUACAUUGAAAAAACAAACAAACAAGCAAACAGUAAUUCCUAAAUUCCUAAAUUCCUAAAUUCCAUUUUUACUCAUAGUUGUAUUUUCUUAUUUUCUUCUUUCAGUAUGUUGUAUUUAUUGUGGUGGGAACAGGUCUUCUCUUCAUGCUUAUUUUUCACAUUGGACUUAAAGAACCCCCAAGAAGUUGCACAUUUAGUGGGCAAGCAGCAGUUAAAGGCAGUAAAAGAAGGGCAGACAAUUGGAUCCACUGGUUUAAAGAAAUACAGUUUUAUCAGGUUUGUAAAAAAAAACCAGCCUACAUAAAGAAUUCAUGCUGCAAGAAAAAAGGCUGCAUAAACAAGACUGUUUUUGGCAUGGUAACAUGAGAAUUAUUUUUGGCAUUGUAACAUUAUUUAGAAGUUUAAGGUUAAGUUGCAAGCACUAAAGAAUGAAGUAUAGAUCAGAGGUUAAGAAAGAGAUUCUAAACCCUUUACAUCUCUGGUAACCUCAUAAUUACAAAAAUUUCCAUAUGGGGCUUCUUUGGAAAGAUGUGUGCAAGAUACAUUACAUGUACUGUACUUCUUUUUAAUUAAAAGCAAUUUGAAAAAGAUGGGACUUCUUAAAUCAAAUUUUCAGUUACAAUUGGCAGCAAAAUUAGUUAGAGACACUUUUUACCCUUUUACAAACGGCUUCUCUAACGUUUUGCAAACUUCAAAAACAGAAAAUACCGUAAAUGACCUUAAAUGCCCACUUCCAAAUAAACGCCUCCUAUCUGUUAAACACCACCUCUAUGCUGUUAAAAUCAUACUAGAUGCCCCCCUGUGAGAAUUACUCCAAAAUACUAGGAAUUACCAGAGAGGAGUGAACUCAUUCGAUUCAUUCAGUUUCCUGCUUGAUUAUUAACAAGGCUUUCAAUGUCAUGUUCAAAGUAAGGAUAGACCAACGAUAGCAACACCAGGGUUAGCAAAUUUUAUUGAUGAGUGGAGUCAGUGUGACUUCUGCUUAACACAUUUUGGAGUCAUUUUGGAAUAUUUGGAGUCAAGUAUCAGACUUUCCAGCACGUGGUCCCGGCAUGUAUACACUAUCGUGAGGGAUACACGAAGUAGCUGUGGCGGUCCGCUGACCUGGAAAGCUCAAAUCCAUGAUGGCGGUCAUCGAGUAAACUUUGAUCGUAAUUUACCCUCUUCCUGUUUUGUCGUGGAGUAUAAUUCUUUAAUUUCGAUGAUUUAAUUAAGGUUUACAACGUUUACAAUUAACGUAAAUUGUAUUUGUUGCGAAAAAGGUAAGGAUAAAACUGUGUUUGUUACCGAAAAUUUCUUGAGUCGAAGUGGCUCCCUGUUUGUUACCGAAAAUUUUUGGAGUCAAAGUGACUCCCUCAGUAACCUCAGUGGAGUCAUCUGAACAAUUUUGGCGUAAAAUACGCCAAAUUUGGCGUAUUUGCGAACCCUGCAACACAAUAACCCUGAGUGAAGAUUCUGACAUUGAUGUCAGGAUUUGAAAGGUCAAUAUGGAUCUUUAGACGGCCUAGACUAGCGUAUUAAUUGAUGGAGUGGAUAUUCCACUAUUUUCAAACUCUUCUGAUAUUUUCAUCGAAAGCAUAUUUGGGUUCGUUGAGCUUGUUACAGUUAUGAGAAUAAACACCUCUCCCUAAACACCCCUGCUUGGACCCCUAGAAUUAAAUAGAUGCUCUGGGUAUUUAUUGGGUCAGUUACAGUAAGGCGUCCCUCCCCCAACCCCGCCCUCCAUGCAUUUUUGUGCCACUCUUUGAGCUACCUGUGGCUUAACAUUGAAUGAAGAGGAGAGGGCAGUGCUCAACACUAACGCUAGUCCACUAGCCCAGGACUAGUGAAAAUUCAUGCUGGGCUAAUAAAAGUGUCCUCCUACUAGCCCCUAGACCAGAAGCUUACCGCAGUUUUUUUUCCUAAAUCACUUUAUCAGUGAUUAAUUUUUUAGCUUGAGUAUCGAAUGUAAACCAAAGGACUCACUGUUCUAUAGUGGAGGUAUUGUAGCUUAGUAUUGAUGCCAUGUUGGUCAUUUUAAUCCUUCUAUUUUUUUUUCUUGGCAGGUGGCAGCUUUGUACAUGUGUACUCGUCUCAUUGUCAACAUUACACAAGUUUACAUUCCUAUGUAUACUUUGGAAACAUUGUCUCUAAACAAGGUAUAAUUAAUUUUUUUCAGGGCUGCAAGCAUGAGAUUUCAAGUCCCUAUGUAAAUGCAAUAAGUCGGCAGGGAAUUAAACAGCUAGGAAAUUCUUUUGGUUCUGUUUGUUUGGGUCAUAUAUAUGUUUGUAUUCAUAGCUGCGUGGGCAGGGAAAAUCCCAGCCCUGGCCCUUAUUGACAACCUUGUUAUUAGUAUUAACUAGUGAUAAUUACAGAUAAGGGGAGUGCGUUCGAUUGGGGAAGUGGGGGGGAUGAGUGGUAGCCAUAAGGGGGUGCAAAAGGUGAUGAGCUUGUAAGAUAGAGAAAUCAAAAUCAAACACUUUUAUCAAUACGAAUAUCAGCAGCUGUCCUCAUCAGUGUUAUUGUUUAUCCUCCCACUUGACAACUCAUAACUAUUUCAUUUUUCUAACAACCAGUUGUUUUAGGGAAGCCAAGAGGCGUCCUUAAUUUUACACUUUUUCCCGGUCUACAUCUCCAACACUUUCCUAAGGAUCCUUGCUGACCCCAAAAAUCAGUUAUGGUCCUCAGAUUUUCUUUUGACCUUAGUGGUAUUGUCCCCAAUGCCCCCACCACUAUGGGAAUCACCUUUUUGUCCUUACACCCCACAUCUUUCAGAUUUCUCUAGCGAGAUCUUGAUAUUUUUCUACUUUCUCGUCCUCUUUUGCUCUCAUCAUCAUUAUAUUAUUAUUAUUAUUAAUAUUAUUAUUAAUGCAGUGCGUAAGAAAGAAAAAUAUCUGAACUUGAUCAACAAAAUGAGUAGAAAUUACAGAUGUGUGAGAUUUGUAAGUCUCUUCAUGAGUUCCCUUGGCGUUUUCUCCGUUGAAUGCCUCUCAUUCUUCGAUAUGAUGAAUGACAUUGGCAUUGACAAAAAGCAGCAGCGUUAUAUAAUCAAGAAAAUGAUAAAUAUAGCCAUUAGAGCAACAUAUUACAUCUUCUGUUGUAGAAAUAGGAACUGGGAUAGCCCAGACUUAAUGCAAUUUUGAUUUUUUUUUUUGGCUUUUGUUUUGCUUUGUUUUUUUUUCUUUGUAAUAGUCCAAUCAAAUGUAAAUUGCCUAUACAUAGCGAGAUUUACAAUUGCACAUUCAAAAAAACAAAUCAAGUUUCCAUUAUAAAUCCAUUGAAAAAUUCAGAUAUUGUUUUUGUUUUGUUUUAGUCCGAUGCCAAUUUAUUGCGGUUUUCCCAAAACCUUCCUUGUGUGUUUUGUUGUUGGUUCUAGGACACCAUUGCCAAAAUUCCCUUGGUUGUCUAUGUUAGUGGUUUCCUUUCAACGUUCCUAACCAAGCCACUAAACAAGUGCUAUGGGAGAAAGGUAAAUGCAUACAAUAUGACUUGAAAUACUUUUAAUAAUUUAAACUCGUGAACAAAAAUAAUGCUCAUGAGUGGAGGUGAUUGAGAAGCUGGUGGAGCUGAGAACUGCAGCCGAGUGCAAUUCAUAACCAUGACAACUCUGUGAGUGGCAUCCACCGAGGCACCAUCACACUACUAAUCAGUGGAACCUAAUACUUAUUUUAUACUUACCAAGGAGAGAGCAGGGUGGCAAGCGAAAAUACUAGAACCACAUGCUGUGAGCAGCAACUUGAACAUAACGGCCUGACCUCAACAUAGAAACUGUAAAAACGCAUUAGGCACAGCUGUACAUGUAGCCAUUAGAGUGCCCCUGAUAAUCUCGUAUGAGAGACUGCUGGCCAUCUUUGUCUCCAGUUUAUAAGCUAGCCUAAAUUUUAUCUAGCAACAUUAUACUAAUUUCACGUGAAGGAAAAGUUAUUGUCCUGAAAUGUAAAUUCACGAACCUUUAAGGAAUGACUGUUUUUUAUUAAAGGCCACUGAAAAAAAGAUAACUUUAAAUCACAGUACGUCCAAUCUAAAAGAAAAGAAAUAACUUUUAGAUUCACAAAUUGUUAGGAAAGUCUUUCCUAACAAUGAAAUGUUUUAAAACAGAUAAGUUAUUAAGACCGACUUGUUUUACAGUUUUCUGUAUAGUCUAUUUUAAUAGUUAAACUUUUGUAACUAUUUUAAUAGUAAACUUGAUUUCAAUCACUUUUGAGUGGUUGAAAUCACUGGUAAAAACGUCCAUAAACUAAAUUGGAAUCUUAGAAAGACUUAAAAGUAUAUGUUUCAACCUCAGUUAAGAAAUAUUAUUUUUGUAUCUUCUUUCAGGGAACAUUUUUUCUAGGUCUUCUCUUAAUUGCAGGGACAAGGUAUGUCCGUCUUUUAUCAUUAUAGAAAGUAGCCUUGACUGUGAUCUGUUCUGUUGUAAAUUAUACAGGAAGAGUUCCUGUGAAGUGUCUGGGUAAACUCGUGCCCGCGUCAUGCGUCUUUGAAUCUCAACUUCGAUGUCAAAAUCCUUACUAUGAACUGGACAUAACUGAACAAGAUGCAAUGUGGACAAUAUUGUUAAUCGAGCUAGAGACAGAAUAACUUGAAUUGAUUUUUCUUGCCUCGCUUUUUCCUAGUAGCUUGUUUAGAGCAUGCGGGACGGGGCGUGCCCGCGUCAUGCGUCUCGCGGGGCGUCUUUUAGACAGGGUGGGCGGCGCGGGGGGGGCAUUUAUUAGAGAGGGGGAUGUAAUAGAAACUUAAAAGCGUGGGGUGGCGUGUUUAUUAGACAAGACCCGUUGAUUUUGAUUCAAGAGAGCGCAUCUAUUUGAUCAUUGUCGAUUUAUAUGGCUUCCUGUGGUAUCACACUGAUCUUUUUGCUAUAUUUUCUUGUUUAUCCACAGUUUAUGGAUGUGGUUUAUUCCAAAGGGCCACCUCUUACAAACAUAUGGAGUAUCAGUGUUGUUAGGUGUUGGUGGAUCCACGCUUCUAGUUACUGCCCUGACUAUGUUAGCAGAUCUUAUUGGGGAGAAUGUGGUACGUGUGUUUGCCCGUUGAAGGCGUUGUGAUAGGACGAGUAAUAGGGAACUUAGAUGAGUUAAGUUAAAACCCGCGAUUAAGAACCACGUUUUUUAGAACCUGUUAUGCUAAGAUUUGCCAGUUAGGCCCCCUCUAUACAAGAACCUGUUAACCCUAAAAUUUGAAACAGUUUCUUGUUUUGUAAAAUCUAUAUUAAAAUAUUCUGUACACUUGGGGAAAGAAGAUAAGUCAACAUUCAGUAUCCUCUUUGGAGAGAUGAGGGUCCUUAUUACUCCAACUGCAAUGUACAUUGUAAUGCACCGUCUGCAGGUUUACGUAAGGAAUGAGCUGAUUACCACUAAAUACUCUUAGCUACAAUGUAUUCAAUUCUUCAGGAAAUAAGAACCUAUUUAAGACCCUAAAUAGCCUAAAUUUGUGCUACUUACCAUUUAUGUAAGAAUCUGUUUAGGCUAACUUGGGAAAAUGCCGGGCUUCUAGUGGCGGGUUUUUUCUGUAUGUUAUGAUGUUUUGCCACGAGAAUCAAAGAUAACCCUGACAUAAAGGUUUAGUUUCAUUUAAAAUUACACUACAACUAAACCUCAACUAAAUGUGCAUGUCUUUGCCUUUCGAUGGCCCGGAUGGAAACGGAUUGCAACUUGAAAUAUUUGCGCCAACGUUUUCAAGUUUAACAAACUAAUCAUAGUUUGUUUUCCCUCUCGUGUUGUUCAUAUCCUUAGCACUAUCUAACUUUGUAGACUAUCUCAUGAAUUUAUGGGUAACGACCGAAUCAAAGUGUUUUGAAUUCAGCAUGUUGCACAUAAAAUGUUCUAAUAUUGUUAUUUCGGAUUUGACAGGAAACAGGUGCCUUUGUGUAUGGAGCCAUGAGUUUUACCGAUAAAUUAUCCAAUGGAAUCGCAGUUCAGCUGAUCCAGAUAUUUCAUCCUUGCAAUUCUUUGGGAGAGUAAGUAUAUUUUUUUUGACAACUUGCCGUUGUUAGUGAAAGCGGGUGUAUACUCAUGUGACAAUAUAACUGUAUAAUAGUUUAGAGGAUAAAUCGUAAAUUGUAGCCAGUUAGACAGUCCAUUUACUUAGAAGACUUAGGCAGAGGAAGCUAUGGUACAUGAGACAACGUUGUACCCUUUUUUUUUACAACGGAGUGAAAAGCAGUUUGUCGAAUACUGUUUCCAACAUUGUUCACAACACUUUUGCGAUUUUUUUAACAUUGUGUGCACGUUGAGCUCAGCAUUGUCAACAACAGUUUGUACGUGUAAUACUUUGCAGAACACUGCACAUUAUUUGAAUUUUGCUCACAUUUUGCACAACACUGUAAACCACAGGUUGCAGACUAUUAUAUACAAUAUAGUGCACAACAUUUUUGCAUAACUUACUAUGAUUUGAUUUGUGCGACACUGGAUAACAAUGCGUGCAAGGUUGAGCGUAUCAUUGUCGACAUUGGCUUGCACAACAUUGUGUUUAACGUUUUGCAAACACUGCACAACAUUGUGAUAAACAGUUUGUAUAACGUUGCGUGCAAUGUAACGCAUUGUGAAUUCUGCUCACAUUUUGCGCAACAUUGUGAACCAUAGGUUGCACAUUGCUAUGUACAAUAUAGUGCACAACAUUUGUGCGACACUAAAUAACACUGUGUGCAAGGUUGAGCGUAACAUUGUCGACAAUGGCUUGUACAACGUUGUGUUUAACGUUUUGCAAACACUGCACAACAUUGUGAUAAACAGUUUGUAUAACGUUGCGUGCAAUGUAACGCAUUGUGAAUUCUGCUCACAUUUUGCGCAACAUUUUAAACCACAUGUUGCACAUUACUAUGUACAAUAUAGUAUACAACAUUUGUGCGACACUAAAUAACCCUGUGUGGAAGGUUGAGCGUAACAUUGUCGACAAUGGCUUGUACAACGUUGUGUUUAACGUUUUGCAAACACUGCACAACAUUGUGAUAAACAGUUUGUAUAACGUCACGUGCAACGUAAUGCAUUGUGAAUUUUGCACAAUAUUUUGUGCAACAUUAUGAAAAACAGUUUGUUGCACAAAUAUGUGAGGUACAGUGCAUUGCGUUUGUGCAAAAUUUUACAUGUAUAGCAUUGGGAGAAACGUUGAGCUCAAUAUUGUCAAACGAGUGAACAAUAUAGUGCCAAUAAUUGUGCAACAUUGUAUAACGUUGGGCGUAACUUACUUUGUGCGCAACGCUGUCGCAAAUCUGGUGUGCAAUGUUUGCACAAAAGACCGGCUACAUACUUAACACUGCUUGAACGCAGCGCUGUACGCAACGAAAUCAAUGUACAAAAAUGCGCAAAAGACUCUAGCAUUUUGCACAUCAUUUGCAUCAUCAUAUGAAAAAGGGCAUUAAAUUUCGCGAUUUAAGCGUUCUGCAUUUCAUUUAUUUUUUUAAAAAGUCUGGCCCUUUAAAAAUUUCUUGAUAAACUGGAACAAGCAAUGUAUGCAAUCUUUGCAAACCAAAGCUAUUUCAUAACUGAAGAUACAAAAUGGAGCUUACCAGUAAAACCAGUUAGGAAUUUGCUUAUUUGUCAAUACAUAUCCUGUAUAUGCUGUGCUAUUACAAGUUAAUUUUGAUUUGAAUUUCCUAUGCAGGUAUUAAAUCUCGCGAGGAAUUUUUUUUCGCGGGUCUUUGAUUUCGCGAUUUUUUUCACAAUUACGAACAACGCGAAAAUAUAAAGGGUUUAGUUUUAUCGUUUGUCUCACGAUUAUCACUUUGAUAUUGUUUCGACCGCACACUGCAGGUCUUUAUCAGGCGAUAGUGUCGAUUUACUGAGUCGAACUAUUUGUACCACCGUGGUUCUUAGUGAUUGGUGUAUCACAAACCUCGCUCAUGGUUGGUGGGUUUCGAUCCAAAGCGUUGUUGGCACUGUGAGGGGAAGAAACCGAUCCUUCAGCGAUCGGCUGUGGUAGAGAUCGGUUGCCAUGUUGUCUUAUUGUAGGCAUCCACGCGUAAGGAAUUUCAAUUUCACUGUCCCUGAUGAUGUCUUACGACAACGCGAAAAUGGUACUAAUAAGGUACAUGCGGUCAACAUGAAGCAACAAAAAUGACUUCUUGGACCCGUUGGUGAGUGUCCGUCUUCGAGAGGUUUUCGUCUUAUAGAGUCAAAGACCCUAAAAAGGCAGAGACCAUUAUUCAGUUGAAUGAAGUUGCUAGAACUGUAUCUACGUGGGCUGACAAUAAUCGAAUGUCACUUAACACAACCAAAACUAAAUCUUUACUUAUUACGACCCUGCAGAAACGCCGUACUUUAACCAGCUCGGCACUCAAUGUCCAAAUCGAUGGUAGAUCUAUUGAGCAAGUGGACUAUGCCAAGAUGCUGCGUUAUGAUAGACAGUGACAUGUCUUGGAAGCAUCAUAUCGAUACAAUCUGCUGCAUCAUUAGCAGUAGGCUUUCUCUUCUCCGUCGCAUCAAACCUUAUCUUAACUUUGAUUCUGCUUUAAGAUUCUAUAAUUCUUGUGUUAACAACUAUUUAAUUUAUUGUUCCGCUGCCUGGGGUAACUUGUUCCCACCAUCUCCUCUUACGACUGCUUCGUCUUCAGAAGCGUGCUGGGCGUAUGCUCCUUGAUGCCGACCUCUCUCAGGCUUCUAUUUCUUUAUUUUUAAAACUUAACUGGAUUCCCGUUUUUGAUCUUAUUAAAUACAGGAAACUUUUUCUUCUAUUCAUCGUACUCCUUAAUCUGAAUGCUCCUAAAUGUCUCAGGAACAGAUUUCAAUUUCUUUGUGAUUCGCGUGGACCUCUGGGUCGUUUUACAAGAGCCUCUCUCUACGACUUAAAGGUGCCAUGCCCACAUAGCAACUCUGGGAAACGCACCUUGGCCUAUACUGCUACUAAACUUUUUAAUGACCUCAGUUCCGACUUAAAAGAGUUUUCUAUUUCUUCUUCUCCACUGAUAUUUAAAUUUCUUCCCUCCUCUCCUAAGUCUAAAUUACGAAGUCUGUUUUUCUCACGCCUAUCAUCGGCCCCAGCACUUGGAGGAUCUAUUGUGCUCGACUUGCCGCUAUUCUAUUCAUUGUCACUGUUUUUUAUAGUCCUACUACAACCACUAUUAUGUCUUUUUAUUUAUAUUUAUGUAUAUAUGUAUACAUGUUCAUUUAUAGUACAUAUUUUGCCCCCCCUUCGUCGAUUUAUAUAUUAUUCAUUACGUGUUUAUAGCCUAUUCUACUUUAAAUAUUGUCUCUUUUGUGUGUAUAUAUAUAUUUAUAAAUUUAUUUGUUUUUAGUCUUCUAAAUUUAUUUAUCUAUUAAUCUAUUUUUUUGAGGGCCGUAGGUUAGAAAACUGUAAAAGGUUAUUGCGCGUCCCUCUUUAAAUAAAGUUAUUGUAUUGUAUUGUAUUGUAUUGUAUUGUAUUGUAUUGUAUUGUAUGGCAUUUUACUGUCGGGGUCCAUGCAUGGGACUUUUUUACUAUACUUAUUUAGCUGGAUCUCAUAGGAAAUCAACGAGUAAUGGCAGUAUGCAAUGCCGUAUACAGAACUGAUGUGGCUCCAGCUAAACGAAUGGUGCUUUUAAUGUUGCUUGAUCUUUCUUGCUUUUUCGUUUUCAUCCCCAUAAAAGCAAAGUUAAUGCCAUGGGAUGGAGAAUAAGGAACUCCUCGAUCAUGGCGUGAAACUCGUCUCUUGUCGCCACCUAAAUUCUUUCCUUCAUGAAAGGUUUCACCACAAAAGGAUGAAAAACUAUGCCCAACUCACUGUGCGAAGAAAAAAAUGUUUUGGAAGUCGUUCAGUUAAGGUUGAUGUUGAUAAAAACAACUGUCCGAUGUGAAUGUGUUGGCUUCGAAUCUGAAAGUAUUUGGUGUGCCACGCCUUGACCACGCAUCGCUUGGUUUCCUUGGACACGGAAACGUGACAUUACACGUUGUUGUUGUUGCUUCUACAGUAGCCACAAUGGCACCUCGUCUCCGUGAAGUUAUGACCCUGAGAUUUUCCACCAUUGAACUUUCCUAACAUGGCGUUUUCUUGUAAUGUCACGCAGUUUCGACACAAACGGAAUCGAUGAUUGCUAAAUGCCGUUGAAGAUUCAUACUGUCCGCUAUGAAUUAACGUCAACUUCAACUCUUGUAAUGUCUUAGACUUUCGAUUUCAUUUAUUCUUUCGGUCACAUCAUAGACAGCUCAGGUCAGGCCUCAGAGCUUAAAGGCCCUUAAACUAGGCAGGUCAGGAUAAUAAGGAUAAUUGUUAUUUUAUUUAGUUAUUAUUUUUUGUAAUCUUGAUGCUAUUGACUCUGCUUGGCUGCACUUUGCUUGUAACCGCAAAACAUACCUCACUGCUUCACAAUAUGCCUUCCUUUGCUAUUUGCUGAUCGUUGCUGCUUUAACCGGCGCGUUUUUUGACUUCAAUACAUGUUGCAUUUUGCUAUUCUCAUCCACUGAUGUGGUUUCAGCCAUGGAGGUAUGCACAGUCCAGGGAGUGGAAACACCACAGCUUUGCCGACUGGAGUCGGUCAUCAUCAUCAUCCACACAUGUACGAGUGUGAAAUCAAAGCUUAUUUUUACUUAAUAGUUAUUUUAACUUUUCCUCCGAACUUCCAUGCCAGAAUGAUUUAGAACUGUAGUGUUGAAGGAAUAGAUCUAUGAAAUUGUUUCAAAACAUUUUCAUGGGCGUAGCUAUUUGUCCAAAAAUAACCCUACGUACUAUAAAAACAAAACGAAAAUAGAGGAACAUUGCAAAGAAAAAAAAGCGAGGUGAAUUAAGCGGUUGCUGAAGAAAAUGCGAAGGCUCUAACUGUGGCCUGCAAAACACGGUCCUACGUUCAAUUUUGCGUUAUGAAUCGCAUACUGAUUCAUAACGCAAAGAAAAUCGAGUUACCCGCGUGAACACGAUUUGGAAAACGUAGUUGGGGAAAAUUUGGAAAGAUGUGCGUAUUGCUAGAAAGUUUCCCGCUACACCCCUGAAAACUCGCAGUUGUCUUUUUUUAGGGACCGUUCAUUUUUUUUUAUUAGGUAGCGGUUGGGUGGAAUUUGAGGGGGGGGACAUGAAAGAAAUGUGGCUGACCAGGAGCAUUAAAUAAGCCACUCGUCUCUAUUGAGCCCCCUCCCCCCCAUCAAAAGUGCUUGGAAAAAAUAAGCCCCCCGGAGGGCUUAAUAGAGGAUUCACGAUUAAUAGAGUUUUAAAUAACAAAACUGGACCAUUGUUUGAGAAUUUAAUUUAUGAGAAGACGCGUUUAAACUUUUUAUUAAGUAGCAAAUAGCGUGACAAUAACCCCUUUAAUUGUUCAAGGUCGAUUUAAUUAAUUAGCUCCAUGGUUCUUUUCAGAGCAUGUUGCCCUAAAUGUGAUCUGUACUACAGAGAAGUUAUGGUAUUUGUUACCGGUGGAGCCACUAUUAUUUCUCUGCUGGUUCUUUUAACGAUGCUUAAGACAAAGAUUGGUGAAUUUAAAGGUGAGUUUAAAGGUUAGUGAAUUUUUCACCAUUCACUGUAACUGAAUUCAUGCCAGUCCUUGGUGCAAACUUAAGAGUAGGCGAAGCAUCGUGUGAAACUGAAAAGCAGUAAUAACUCGUGACACUAUUUUGUGGAAAGCGGUCAAUAUAACUUCAAGAAUAUAACGUAAACCUUUCAACCUUUUGCUGUGAUUUCUAAGCUGCAGAUGUCACUUUUGGAACGAGGAAACUGGGGCGAGUUAUUUAUCGCAAAGACUUCUGGGACUGUCACUAGGGACAGGGGAAAAAUUGACCAAUCGCUGACCGAUUCUAACGAUCCCAGAACCAAUAGUGGGACUCGUUUCGGUUCCAGUCCCAUUCUCGUUUAUAAAGUGGUGAAUCGCUUUUAGACAAGUUUCCAGUGAAAGUCAAGUGCUAUUCGUUUGCAUUCUCUGUUGAAAGGUUUUAUCUGUGACAGUAGAAUCAAACACAAGAGUGUAUCUUUAAUUUUAACUGCUAGAAUAUUCAUCUGCCUUUCUAACCACGAAGGGUCCGCUGGUACUACCCGGCCAUUUUAAAAUCACCCGUAACUGAUGGCGGUAAUAUUUCCUUCCUUGAAUCUGAAAUUGAAAAGGAGUUCACCUGUCGCCGUUCCUCGCCCGUUGAUUGAUUCUCAACAGUAGUAAGAGGCCAGUUAAGCGCCUUUUGCUUGUGAGGGUAAUCUUCAUCUAAGGCUCAUCUUCAGGGCUCGAAGGUAACAUUUUAGUGCACUAGGAAAGUUUUGCUAGUAGGUUUUUUUCCCACUAGCAAACUGGUGAGACCACUUGCAAAUUCUUUCCCUUUGGACUGAAAACGAACUAUCAGUAAAGCCGAUAUCUCGAGACCACCGGAAACUCAUUUGUAAACGGACUUACUGUUUCCUUCUUGCGUUCGAACAGCUUUCUCCAAAUGUUUGGGAGACAAGGAUGAUUCUAACUCGCAAACGUUUGCUAGUGGAUAUUUUUUUCACUCGCAGAUUAUCAAAAUCACUCGCAUUUUGCGAGUUUGCGAGCGUUAAUUUCGAGCCCUGAACUUGUGAAACACGUUUAACGAAAAGCAAUGUUUACUGUUUCCUCUGGCCUUUCUUUUUGUUAUCAUCCUGUGAUUUUUCUGUACACUGGCUUUAGGGGAUAAGAAAUGUGCGUUUAGCCAUCCCUCCCCUUCCUCUUCCCUCUCUUUACGUUUGUAACCCUUGCAGAAUGACAGGUUAUGAAAUGGAUGUUUAGAAAAAUGCAUGCUGAGGACCGCUUGCUCGAUAUUCUUACCUGUUUCCUAACUAUUGCAAUUUCUUAUUGCAAGAUGGCGCUGUGGUAGACGUGACCGUUCAAGAUGCGCUCCUCAGUAAGAGUGCCUCAGUUAGCACAAGCUGCUCGAAGACAACUGGAUCAUCCAAAAGCCCGUGUCUAAUGUAUGAGCCCACGACCCCUCCCAAAUACGGGUCAUUGAAUGGCACGUGUCAGAAUAUACCAUGCUCAAUACAAGAGGAUUAUUCUAGCUACGAUGAGACCACGCCGUCGCCAAAAACGUCCCGGUGACGUUGUGAAGAAGAUGAUACCCCUAGUACUGUGCUGAAUGUAAUGGGCAGUCAGGUGUUUUCUCAGUUAACGAUCCCCUGAUAUAGAAGCAGAAACUCGGCUUGCCCACCUGUGAAAGGUGAUUGUGGUUGAGCGAGGUGAACUAAAGACUGGUUCUGUUCCAUUGUUCACUCCUGCUGUAAUGAAAGGAUUUCUUGACUAUACAAGCUCAGCUUGUCAGUCCGCUUUAAGAAAGGCGACUGUGUUUGAGCGAGAUGAACCGAAGAACUGAUCCACCGCCCUUUGAUCCCGGAGGCCUUUUUCAACGAAAUGCCAAUAGCUGUUAAAACUGAGCGCUGGAAACGAUCCCCUGAUUGCAGAACUCACUUUGUCCGCCUUAGUAUAAAGGCAACCACGUAGAUUUUCCUAGUUGUUAGAACGCCGUUC